GGAGAAGGGCAUUUUGGUAAAUUGAAGUGGAGUUUCGUAUAUAAAUGGCGUUGCCAUUAAGCAUUUGUGGCAGAAACUCCAUCGAGAAAACCUCAACCCCAAGCUCAAACGCCUGUUAUCAUGGUUUCUUCGGAUCCCCGAGAGGAAGUCCUUCAAGCAUGGUAUAUGGAUGAUAGCAACGAAGAUCAACGGCUUCCCCAUCAUAAAGAACCCAAGGAGUUCGUCUCAUUGGAUCAACUUGCUGAACUUGGAGUCCUUAGCUGGAAAUUAGACGCUGAUAACCCUGACACGGACCCAGAGCUGAAGAAGAUCCGUGAAGAACGCGGUUACUCUUACUUGGAUGUUUGUGAGAUCUCCCCAGAAAAGUUGCCAAAUUACGAUGAGAAGAUCAGGAGCUUCUUUGAAGAGCAUCUGCACAUUGAUGAGGAGAUCCGUUAUGCUGUUGCUGGAAGUGGUUACUUUGAUGUAAGGGACCGCAAUGAGGCUUGGAUUCGUGUAUGGGUGAAGAAAGGGGGAAUGAUCAUUUUACCUGCUGGAAUUUAUCACCGUUUUACAUUGGAUGAGGGCAAUUAUAUUAAGGCUUUGCGAUUUUUUGUUGGUGAACCAGUUUGGACCCCAUACAAUCGCCCACACGACCAUCUCCCUGCAAGAGGGGAAUAUAUCAAGAAUUUUGUGGAGAAGGAUGUUGCCAACCAUACUGUUGACGCCACUGCAUAAUUUGAUUUCUGCUUGAUUGUAGCAUGGGAUAAAAAGGACCGAGGCUUUGUUUGAUACUGAAAUGGUGUUUGAAAAUAAUAAUAAUGGUCUCUUUUGUUUGGUAUGUAACCUUUGAGUGUUCGUGUUUGUUACCUGUGUUGUACUAGGAUAAUUAAAAGUUGCAUUUAUAAGUAUUAUUAUUAUUAUUA